CCAGACCAGACAGGUGAUGUGCCAAAAAUCUGUCAUUAAGUCGUGUUUAUAAAAUUUUAUUUGAAUGAACAAGGGUGUUAUGUUAUUGAAAUUGUGGUUCUAUAAUUAGUGUACGAUGGAGCAGGACUUAAUAUAUUCAAUUUUAUAUGUUCUGCUUUGUGCUUGUAUAAUAUAUCCCCCUGCAGAAUUCGUCAGUGCUGGUUUCACAAUACCAGUUCUUUUCUCGAAGUAUUUGGGAUCCGAAAAUGAGUCUUUUGUUCAUUUCCAUCUCAAACGUUCCUCGAUAACGUUGAUGACAUACUCUUUACUUCCUUUCGGUUACAUAUUGACCACCAUUCUAUUUGGGAAUUUGGAGAUGCUCGAACUCUUCACAAAUAGCCUUUAUGGGAACAUCUACCUUACUCUAAGUCUGAUGUUACCAAUUGCAGCAUUAUACCAAGUUAAAAUUUGGACCGACAACAACUAUCAGGAACACCCUAUUGCGAAAAGCUUGAGCAAAUUCUGCAACAACGAUAUGAAUUGGAGAAGCGUCCAAACGAAUAUCGAUAUAGAAUUUCGAAGGCCGGAGAAAAUGUAUACGAAAACUAGCCCGUUGUCCCAUAUUGCCAUCACCGAGAACUGGAUAUUGAAAAUAACACCCCUAACCAUCCAUCUUGCGCAUCAAUCCGAUGUUACUGUUACCGUGAAGACGUCCGAGACCUAUACCUUGGCCCCCGAAACCUACGGUGAAAUUCAAUACUUGAACAUUGAAGUCAAAUCGAGCCGUCAAGGAGUGGAUCCUUUUGUCAUAAGAAUAAAUUCUGAAAAUUUCCAGAACUUGCAGAAUAGACUGACGAGGACGAUCAAUGUCAUGCCACAUGUGAAGUUCCACAAGAAUAUUCUUGAGCGAUUUGUGGACGUCUUCAAGGAAACGAUAAAAGACAAUCCGAAAUAUGAGUCGAAUCAGGCUUUCGAGAAUUGCAUGGGGUGUAUGGAAAAUAGGCCGAACAUCAAAAUACAAAAAAUGUGCACAGAGCCUGUGGAAUCCUCCGAACCAUGUACCUCUUGCUACUGCCGGCCAAUGUGGUGUGUAGACUGCAUGGCAAAGUGGUUUGCAUCGAGGCAGGAUCAUAAUACCCCAUCCAGCUGGUUGUCCUCCAAGUGUACUUGUCCCAUGUGCAGGGCAAAGUUCUGUUUAUUGGACGUUUGCUACUUAAGUUCCGUUGAUAAUGAAGAUUGAAAUUGUCGAUUUGUUCGGAACUCCAAUCUUUAGUUACGCUUCAAAUCGAAUGAAAAUAUCCCAACUAGUCAACAAGUAUCAUUCACGAAAUAAUGCUAAUAUGUUAAGUCGUUAACAUCGAGUACAAUAUUAAGGAAAUUAAUUAAAAGUAUUUUGUAUAUAGAUAAUAGAU